AUGGAGACCAACGCCCUUCUCGAUCUCGUACACGUGGCGCAGGACCAGCUCUGGGUUGACAAGGUGAAUGAAGCCCACCUAACAGGCCGUCUUUGCCAGUGGGUGUCGGCUUUCCAUCCAGAUAAACUUCCUUGUGUGCUUGAUGGUACCUUUCACCAUGGCGCAUUUAAUGCCGGCAUGAAGAUGGUCUUUACUGACAGCACGGCAUGGAUGGUUCGUUUCCCUCGUUUUGGGAUGGUCUGUGAAAACUACACCGAUGAGAAGGUUGCUAUGGAAGUGUCGGCUCUAAAUCUCAUUCGCAACGCGAGUUCUAUUCCCGUCCCAACCGUCCGGGCUUGGGGUCCGGCUGCCAGCAAUAUACUUGGUCUAGGCCCUUUCAUUAUGAUGGACUUUAUAAACGGUGUGAGCCUCAGCAGCCUUCUCCAAGACCCCGAUACCGAGCGACCUAGCCGAGUCAUAAGGGACGAUAUCAGUGAUGGUGAUAUUGAGGUUAUCUACAGACAGCUAGCAAAUUUCCUACUUCAACUUUUCAAACUGGAUUUCGACCAGAUCGGCAGCCUACCAUCACCACAGACUGGAAGCCACAGCCCUACGCCACCGCGGCCGUUAACAUUUAAGGCACAGACCAUCCUACAAGACGGAGGAGUUGAUACUUUCGGCGACCGAGCCAAAGGGUUUGCUACGACAACCGAGUAUUUUCAAUAUAUCGUCGGACAGGAUUGGAAGCAGCUUGUUCAUCAACCAAACUCAACUGAUGGUUUCUAUGAUGCUCAGAACAAAUACCUCGCGUUCAAAGUUCUAGGAAGUCUAAUACCUGAAUUUAUUAACGCGAAGUAUGACCGUUGCAAGUUUAAACUAAUCUGCGACGACCUCGGCUUGGCAAAUCUGAUUGUCCGGAGCACGGAAGAUCUCACUGUCGUCGGAUUAGUGGACCUUGAGUGGUCCUAUAUCGGACCUGCCCAAUUGUUUGGCUCGGCACCGUGGUGGCUUCUCCAAGACAGGCCCGUUAAUAGUAUGUGGGAUUGCGAGAGCAAAGAGCUGCCUAAGAUCGGGUCCCGGUACUUCAGAUACUUAGAGAUCUAUAUACGUAUCUUGGAGGAGGAAGAGUCAAAAAUGCAAGGGUAUGAAGAGAGGGAGCUCUCUAGUCUCGUCAAGUGGUCGCAAGCCUCCGGGGCUAUGUGGCUACAUAUGCUUCUUUCAUCCGGCUUUAACGACCAAUACAGCUUUCCAUUUACGCAGUUACGUGCACAUCUGGGGGCUACUGAGUGGGCAAGGCGUGGGAUGGAAUUCGACAACUCAAAAGAGCUUGAGGAAUUCGCAGCGCAGAAGGUGAAGCAGAUGGGUAUGUAUGAAGAAGCCUUGGAGGAGAUGGAAAAGAGCAAGGCGCUCAUGGACACCGGGAAUAUGACAAAGGAGAUGUUCAUUGCCAACUAUGAGCACGUCAUUUAUGAACACUCACUCGCACCUUAA